CAUCUCAAUGUCGAUGAGCGUGUCUCACUUCUUUUAGUCAUGUUUUGAUAUGGGCAGUUUAAAUGACUACUGUAAUCCCCUCGCCAUUAGCAUGAGACUGUCGGUGUGACCAAAGUAGAGAUUUGCAAUGACUGCAAACCCGAAUACUUUGGAACACGAUGACCAAGAGACGAAUUUACACGAUACCUUAAAAUACUCUCUUUUGGGUCCUUCGUUGACCAAAUCAGGACAAGAUUCUGUGGACCAGAAGAAGGUCUCGGAUAUUAUUUACGAUGCCAGUAAAGGAUCUAAAUUCUUCACCCAUGAAGAGAACAGGGAUAAGCUUCUCACCGUAAAGAUCGAAAAGAUUUUAGAGAAGAAGGCUCGCCUAGAGAAACUAAACCUCACGAGAGAUCAGAAGAAAGCAGACGAAUAUGUCGCCGAGCUUGAACUCUCCCGAGACCUCUCACAGACUAUAGUUCAUGUAGACUGCGACGCAUUCUAUGCGGCAGUCGAAGAACUAGACCGCCCGGAAUUAAAACAAGUCCCCUUUGCUGUGGGAAAAGGGGUGCUCACGACCUGUAACUACCAUGCUCGAAAGUUUGGAUGUCGGAGUGGGAUGGCUGGAUUCGUGGCCAGAAAACUUUGCCCAGAGUUGAUCCAACUACCUCUAAAUUUCGAGAAAUACACGGCCAAAGCUCGGGAGGUUCGUGAGAUUAUUGCCCGAUACGACCCAAGAUUCGAGAGCGCCAGCAUCGACGAGGCGUACCUAAACAUUACGAGUUACUGUGAGUCUAACAAUAUUGUUCCGGACGAGGCUGUGGAGCAGCUCCGUCAAGAGGUCCAUGACAAAACCAAAAUCACUAUAUCGGCGGGGAUAGCUGCAAACACAAAGCUUGCAAAGAUAUGCUCAAAUAUGAAUAAGCCGAAUGGUCAAUAUAGGCUCCAGAAUGAUCGAGGGGCAAUUAUGGCGUUUAUGGACACCCUGCCGACACGGAAAGUGAAUGGUGUUGGACGAGUCUUUGAACGUGAACUAGACGCAGUGGGGGUCAAGACUUGUGGUGACAUCUAUCAGUACCGACAGUACCUCUCCAAGCUAUUCGGCGAGAAAGCGUUCAACUUCCUUAUACAUUGUUACCUCGGCCUUGGAAGGACCGAUACGCAACCAGCUGAAGAAUAUGAGCGAAAAAGCGUUGGUACAGAGAGUACUUUUGGGGACCUCAGCAGUCACAAAGGUCUCCGUGACAAGUUAGAAAAAACAGCACAAGAUCUCGAAAAGGACAUGAUAAAGGCCCAAGUCAAGGGUAGAACACUGGUGCUCAAGGUCAAGCUCCAUACGUACGAGGUAUUGACGCGACAGAUAAUACCACCGAAGGCUGUUUACCUUGCCCCUGAUCUGUAUAGAUACUCUCUUCCGAUGCUAUCGAAAUUAGAACAGGAAUUCAAAGGCCUAACCCUACGACUUAUGGGCCUUAGGUGUACACAUCUAAUCACUAUGAAGAAGCCAGACUCCUUGGCGUUCUUUGGACACCCCAAAAUGCGCAACAGUCCUGCGUCGAGUGGACCUGCUUCUGGGACAAAUGAGUCAAAGGAGGAACCGUUGGAAGCGGGUGGUACUUCGUCUUUGGGAGCUUGGCCAGGUGAAGACUUUGAAGAAGCUGCAAAGGAUGAAUACCAAGAGGAGCUGGAGGAACUGGAGAUUCUUAGCCAACUGGAAGAGCUCGGGAAUCAACAACCUAGCGGGGGGUCAUUAGACACCGAAACCAAACCAGAGUCAGAAGAUAGGUGGUGGGACUGCCCAAUAUGCCUACGCCCGCAGAUGGGGGAUUGUAACGAGCAUAUAGACAUGUGCCUAUCGCGGCCGACCAUCUUGGGUUUAGUGAAGGAAGCCGCCCGAGAAGCUUCGUCUGCUUCAGCCUCGGCAGAGAAAGGAAAAGGACUCUCAAAGCGCGGUCGGCAGGAUAGUGGGAAGUCUCGUACUGGGUUAAAAGACGACCCUAAACAGACCAGACUAUCUUUUAAUUAAAGCCCUUUAGCUAUAUUAAUGUCUUCGAAUGUAUAGGGACGCAAAUCGUCAUGUAUGCACAUGGCUCGGUGAACUUGCUUUUUGAGGAGUUCAAACGGGAUGGUACAUAAUCAGUUGUAUCACACAAUUUCUGUGUAAUGGUAUGUAAUUGUAGGC